AAUGCAAAUAGUAGAGGGAAACAUGGCAGAAAGGAUGACAAGAGCCUCAGCUGCCAAGCUGGUGAAAAAAGCUUUUUUGGAGGCUCUGGAAUCAAACGACUACAGAACUCUGGAGGAGUUUCUGAUACAAAAGCAAAUAGAUGUGGAUACGGUGUUUGAAGUGGAAGAUGAGAACUUGUUGUUGGCAUCUUACAAACAAGGGUAUUGGAUGCCUAGUUAUAAACUGCAACGUUCUUGGGCAACUGCGCUACAUAUAUCUGUCCUGAAUGGGCAUCUGGAGAGCCUGAAGGUGCUGUUGAAGUACAAAGCAACAGUCAACUGCAGACCCAAUGGGAAAGCACCAAUCCAUAUCGCAUGCGAACAAGCCAAUCUGGAUUGUGUCAACAUACUCUGCAGCCAUGGGGCAAAGCCUAACUGCUAUUCACUGAGUGGGCUUGCGCCUUUGCACUUCUGUUCUACAAAGAUGUCUAUGCCUUGUGCCCACCAGUUGAUCUGGAAAGGCGCAGAUGUGAAUAUAAAAACAAACAACCAAGAUGAAGAAACUCCCCUCCACACAGUUGUUCGUUCUGGCAUCCCUGAAAUGGUGGCAUUCUACAUUGAGCAGGGAGCGGCAAUUAAUGCUGUUAAUGCCCACAGAGAAACACCAUUGGCCUAUGCAACCUACUGGGCCCUUAAUGGUAAGGAACAGACAUACAGUCCAGAUCACCACCUGAUCUGUAGGAUGUUGCUUGACUACAAAGCUGAAGUCAAUUCGCGGGAUGAGGAUUUCAGAACACCACUCCAUAAGGCUGCCUGGAACUGUGAUCACGUACUGAUAGACAUGCUGCUCGAUGCAGGAGCUGAACCCAAUGUGAUGGAUGACAAUGGGUGUGCGCCUUUGCAGUAUGUCCUCAAAGUUACACAGGUUCGGGCAAGUGCCCAGCAUGAAAUUUGUUACCAGCUACUUCUCAAUCAUGGAGCUGCCAGGAUAUAUCCUCCACAAUUCCAUAAGGUUCUGCAGAGCUGUUACUCUUAUCCCAAAGUAGUUGAAGUCAUUGUGAAUUCAUAUGAACACAUUAAGCGUACAACAAAAUGGAGAGCAGCUAUACCUGAUGAUAUCUAUGAGUUGUACAAGGAUUUCUACGAGUCUCUUUUUGAGGUGUGUGGAAAUACACCAAGAUCACUCAAGCAUUUAGCUAGAUGUGCUGUUCGCAGAACAAUGUUCAAUAAAUGCCACAAGGGGAUCCCCUUACUUCGCAUUCCAGUAAGUCUGAAGAAGUAUUUGCUUUUAGAACCAGAAGGAAUAAUAUACUAAUGUUUGUCAAAGACAUUUUCAAUAACCUAAUUUGUAAUACUGAUAUAUUCACAUAGAAGGAGUUAAAAUCAAGGUUUCAGUGACAAGGCCCAAGCAAAACUUUAUACAAAGGCUCAGAGUUGUGAAUCAAAUGAAGUGCUUAAAGCUGCCGGGUGCUGGAGCUGUUUCAUAAAUAUAUUUCACUCACCAUGCACAUCCAAAGCAAUAAUGGGGGGAAAGGAAUUAGGUCAACUUUUCCAUCUGCUCUCAGACUUGUAUAAUGGCUGAGCUACAUGUGUCAGUGCUUUCAAAAAUCUAGUUUUCAUUGAUUCAUACAAGGCAAAUAAUGUGAAGAGAAAGGUGUGAUUAGAGACCAUGAUUUUAUUUGAUUAACCUUUGGAACUAAGAACGAAUACCAGUACAGACAUCUAAAAUCCAGCCAUUCCUUAAAAGAAUUUGCUGAGAUGAGCACACCGGUAAUAUUUUUGUGGCCUUUCAAUCCUACCAGAUGAUUUCUUGAAAAAACUGUUUCCAUCGAUAAAGCUGCAUCCUUUACUACUGAGGACAAGUUAUCAUGGCUACUUCAGCCUCAAACCACCAGACAGCUUCAAGAGAAAGUGGAGGACAGUGAAUGCUUCACAAAUGAUUCCAAACUCUUCCUGAAAAAACCUCCCCAAUUUCACAAGAAACUCACGCAGCCGUCCUUUUCUGCAUUCCUUUUUCUUAAAGAUCUUGCAAAGGCCUAUUUCAGUUUUCUUUUCCUCACAUUGGGAUCCAGUGGUCAUGCACCGUGUUGAAACAGUGGAGAUACAUUUAUUCCGUAUUUGACAUAUUGAGGAAUAUUUUGUCCUAUUUAAUGUCAGCUGUCUAUCCAGGAGACAAAAAGUGAAACAAAGGAAAAGUACAAAAAUAAUCACAUUUGGUGAUGUUUGCUUCAAAAAUAUUUGAGGACUUGCUUUCCAUCAAGGCUGUCUAAUAAUUCCUCAGUUGUGCAGGAAUGUAAAGUGGUACAAUGCCAAGGUAGCAGAAUGGGCUAUGCCAUGUCAGAUCACAAGUGAAGGAUCACAGAAGAUUACAUUGUGGAAGGUUUUCCUAUGUUAAAAGUGACUUGAAAAUACAAAGGCAGAAUUCAUCCCUAAAGACUUUCUCCCUGCUGUGGCAGUUUUCUAAUGGCUUUGAUUUUUAUAUAACAAAGGAAGAUUCGAAGCUGGAAUCUAUCACCCGUAGCCUGAAGUAUAAGUACAGAACAUCUCAGCAUUCUGCCACUUCAUCCCUCCACAACUAGGCCUAUGUUGUCUGGUGUUCCAUCUUCUGUUUAAACUUGGAUUCAACUAGGGUGUUGGGUGGGGAAGAAUAAAUUAACGGGAUGUUGAAUGAUGGUAUAAAACUACUUUGUGGGAGAUUUUACAGUCUGAUGCAUUGUCAACUGCUUCUUUCUAAAUAUGUAAGGAAGUUCUGGAAGAUAUAAAUUGAGUGAGCAUUUUAA